AUGCUGGACAUCACGUGCCUUCAGGAGACUAGUGUGCCUGUGAAUGUUCUCGCUAUGGAGUCCGAGCGUGGGACGGUCCGGCGGUCUCGCUAUUCUUUUACGCCCGUACAGGCGGAUAUCUUAACUGCAGGCAUUCCAGAUGGAGCACUGGACCGCUCACUGGAUGGCUGCGACUGCAAUUCUGGAUGA